AUGUACGACUGGGGUAUACAGACACGAAAUGUAAAUCUAUCAGGAGGCGGCCGCUGCAGCACAGCAAUAGGGAGGGACGCCUUCCUGCAGCAGACAAGACUGCAGCGGCAGCAGCGGCUGCUGCUGCGGCAGCAGCAGCAAGCGCAGCAAAAGAUUGCUGCAGCAUGGAGAUCCUUUAGGAACAGACAGAAGCAGAAGCAGCGCUGCAGGGAUGAGUUUGAUCAGCAGCAGCAGCUGCUGCAGCAGGAGCAGGAGCAGCAGCAGCAGCAGCAGGAGAGGCAGCAGUCAAUGGAAGUCGAUGGACGUCAUCGUGAACAACAGCAGCAACAGCAGCAGCAGCAGCAGCAGCAAGAGCAGCAGCAGCAGCAGCAGCAGCUGUGUAGGCAGCAGGCAAGACGUAUUGCCUUUAGCUUCGAUCCUUUUUCCUUAGCUAAUGAUGAUGAUGCAAGAAGACUUCUUGCUGCUGCUGCUGUCCUUCCUCCUCCUGCUGCUGCAGAUUCCUCACCAACAGCAGCAGCAGAUGCAGCAGCAGCAACAACAGCAGCAGAUGCAGCAGCAGCAGAUGCACCAACAGGCCAAGGAGCAGCAGAGGGGCAAACAGAGGCCCCACCAGCCCCAACUGACGCACCAGCAGCAGGAGGAGCAGCAGCAGGAGCAGCAGCAGCAGAAGCAGCAAGUACAGCAGGAGCAUCAGGAGGAGCAGGUGAAGCAGCAGCAAAAAAAGCAGCAGCAGCAGCAGCAGCAGCAAGUUGCGCCCUGCAUGUGUGCAUGCUGCAUGCAUUAUCUAUACACUAUAGGAAUCUCUUAGUAGUGCAGCACAACGAGCAGCUGCAGCAGCACCGUCGUCAGCAGCUGCUGCGUCAGCAGCAGCAGCAGCAGCAGCAGCAACUGCAACAGAAUCAGGAUCUGUUGCUAUGGCAGCAAGAGAAGCGUCGGCAGCAGCUGCUGCUAAAGCAGCAGCAGCAGCAGCAGCAGCAGCAGCGCAAGCCUCCCCCCAUGCUGCUGUUCGAAGGAGACACCCGCCGCUGCUUUGGUUGGCGCUGCAGCGCGCUGUCUCCUUCCUUGCAUGCAUCGUUUGGUCUACCUGCUGCUGCAGCAGCAGCAGCAGCAGCUGCUGCUGCUGCUCCCCAGAGGUACGUGGUGGUGGGGAGACUCCCUCUUGUGCUGCUGCCUCUUGAAGGAGACACUGCAGCACAGCAGCAAGCAGAUGCAUGCGCAGCAGCAACGGUACGGCUGCUGUUGCAGCUUCUGCACUAUGACCAACAGCAGCAGCAGAACCGGCAACAGCAGCAGCAGCAGCAGCAGCAGAAGCAGCAGCAGCAGGGCCUAUUCAGCAGCGCCUUGUGGCGGCUGCUAGGGAUGGGCUGCUGCGUUGCUGCACAGAUUGGUAGUUUUGCUGCUUCUGCUAUUAUAGCACCUGCUGCAGCAAGAGCAGCAGCAGCAGCAGCAGCAGCAGCAGAUACAGCAGGAGCAACAGAAGAAGAAGCAAGUAAUGAAUCUGCUGCAGCAGCAGAAGAAAUAAGUCCUGCUGCUGCUGAUGCGCUGCUGCUGCUGCAGCAUUUGUUCAAACAUCCAGCCUUUACAGCAGAUUCUAUGGUACAGUGGGAGUUGCUGCUGCACAUGUUUGGCCGCCCGCUGCUGCUGCCGUCAUACUAUACGAAGGAUGAUGAGGAGCAGCAGCAGAAGCUGCAGCAGCAGCAGCAGCAGCAGCAGCAAGUGUUGCUACAAGAUAAGGCUCUUGCCCGUCUUGAGGCUAUGCUCUUCCCUGCUUCUGCUGCACCUGCAGCAGCAGCAGCACCAGCAGCAGAAGCAGAUUCUGCUGCUGCUCCUCCUGCUGCUCCUGGUGCUGCACCAGCAGCAGCUUUCCCAGGUCUCCGCAGUGCUGCUUCUGUUGCUGCUGCAGCAAGUGCUGCUGCAGCACUGCGACGGAGGAGAGCCUUCCCUCGGCCACGGCAGCAGCAGCUGCUGCUGCCACCUCCUCAGCGCACAGGGUUUCUGCAGCAGCCGCAGCAGCAACCUAUACGACUGCAGCAGCAGCAGCAGAACCUGUCCCCUAGGCAGCAGCUGCUGCGGCGGUUUGCUGCAGAAGCAGAGACACUGGACAGUUUCUAUGAGGGAUUGCGACGACCAUACCUGCUAGAGCCUGCAGCAGCAGCAGCAGCAGCAGCAGGUGGAGAAGCAGCAGAAGCAACAACAACAGCAACAACAACAGCAGAUGCAGCAGCAGCAGCAGCAGCAGCAGCAGCAGCAGCAGCAGACGUUAACAAGAUGGGUCUUGGCGUUUGCUUGGCGGGCAAUUUGUUAUCUCUAUUCACAUUACAUCGUCAGCGCCUCGAAGCAGCAGCAGCAGCAGCAACAGCAGCAGGAACAGGAGCAGCAGGAACAGAUGCAGCAGCAGCAGCAGCAGCAGCAGCAGGAGAGCUGAGGUGUCCCCUAUGGCUGCUGGUGUCCCUUCGUUUGUGUGGUUGGAGUUGUCCCUUCGUCUUGCUGCGCACAAGUC